AGACAAAGGGAGCCAUCCCCUCCCCUCCCUCACUCAUUGGCUCGACCAAGCAACCAAGAAUAGCAAGGGGGAGCUCUACAAUUCACCAUUUUCACACCCAAAUUCGAGCUCAAGGAAGAAGGUCCAAAGAGGAGUGUUUGGAGAAGGAAAAAGGUUGGGAAAGGUGUGAACAAUUAAGGUUGAAGCUAGGGCUUGCUACUUGCACCUCUCUUACGGGUGAUAUCGACUCAGGAAGACGUGGUUCGUGCUUCCUUAUUUUCUUUCAAACUACCGAACACUUGCUCAUGGAUAUUUGUUCUACGAUAAACUAUUUUUGGGGCUUGCAUGCCCAUGUUGUUGGCCGGUUGUGGCUUAUGACUUACCGUUGAAUAUUUCCGCUAUUCAUUGGUUUUAAUGUGAUGUUGUUAUGUAUGUUUACUACUGAGUAUGGAUGGAUUAUAUUCUCGAACGCCUUGUGUAAUUAAGUGAGGUUGACUCGCGGGUGACGUCACUUGGUUAUACGGCGGUUGUACACGCGCUUGGAUUGCGGUCUGGGGCGUGACAAUUAAGUGGUAUCAGAGCCAUCUCAGUUCUAAACUAUAUAAUCAACCUCUCACAAAAGAUUUUACAAAGGAGUUUCUAC